GCUGAUUCCCUCCGCCACGUCAGAGCAAUGUCCUACGUUUUUGUUAACGAUUCUUCUCAGACGAACGUGCCCUUGCUACAAGCGUGCAUCGACGGAGACUUCAAUUAUUCCAAAAGGCUUCUAGAAAGUGGCUUUGAUCCAAAUAUCCGUGACACUAGGGGCAGGACAGGCCUGCACCUCGCCGCAGCGCGGGGUAAUGUGGACAUCUGCCAGCUGUUGCAUAAAUUCGGGGCUGACCUUCUGGCCACAGACUACCAGGGGAACACAGCGCUUCACCUCUGUGGCCAUGUGGACAUUAUCCAGUUCUUAGUGUCCAACGGACUCAAAAUUGAUAUUUGCAACCAUCAAGGUGCUACUCCCUUAGUUCUGGCAAAACGCAGAGGAGUGAAUAAAGAUGUCAUCCGACUGCUGGAGUCUUUGGAAGAACAAGAAGUGAAAGGAUUUAACAGAGGAACCCACUCAAAGCUGGAGACCAUGCAGACGGCUGAGAGUGAAAGUGCCAUGGAAAGCCACUCUCUCCUCAACCCCAACCUCCAGCAAGGCGAAGGCGUCCUGUCCAGCUUCCGCACCACUUGGCAGGAGUUUGUGGAAGACCUGGGCUUCUGGAGGGUGCUGCUGCUGAUCUUUGUCAUUGCUUUGCUUUCUCUUGGCAUUGCUUACUAUGUGAGCGGGGUGCUGCCCUUUGUGGAAAACCAGCCUGAGCUGGUACACUAAAGGCGCUCCCAGGAGGUGAGGGGCAAAAUACUAUUUUCCUGGCACCCUGUGUGUAUUCUCAGUUUCUCAGAGUUCUUUAGUGCAAUACAGUGAGGGCUGUACAUUUUCCAUUUUGCUUUUCUACCUGUUGUGAUCCUUUGAGAAGAAUGAUGAGUCCAUCUGACCUGACUACAUAACUGCAGUUGCGUACGCCACAUCCCAACUCUGCGUUUUCUGACCUGCCUGACCUGGAUGUACCUGCCCAUGGCCUUGUUUGGUACAAACACGGAAGUGAGCAGAGAAUGGGUGGGAAAGGAAGAGUUUAGGAUGUCCCCGCAGUGAAAGCCUUUCCCUCGGAGUUGACCGGUUAAAGUGUCCACAGAGACAUGAUUUCUCAUGUGAUUUUUUGGGGCUGGUGGCUUAGAUUUUGAUUUUGUUUGUUUGUGGUGCAUUUCCCUUUUUUUUCUUUUUGUCUGUUUUCUCUGGGGAUAGGGGAGAAAAUGAAGCAUUUCGGAUUAAAACUUUUUAAAGUACUAUAUAACAAAUUAGUAUUGUUGGAGCUUUGGUUUGGUUUAUUUUAAUAUUUUCAAGUCAAAUAGCCACAAGUCAGAAAGAACUCCUAAGAAUGAGGUAUAUUUUCUUCAAAAAUGUUUGACUUGAUAUUUAUUUCUCUUCAGGAUAAUUUUGAUGCUUUUGUAAACUUCUUUGUUAAUAUCAAGAAAAUAAGCUUGAGGGAGUCAUUUUGGUCUCUGUAAUUUCCGCUUGUGUUUAUCCAAAAGACAUCCUGUUCAUCAGAAACAGUCAGGACUCGCCACCCCCUUUAACAGAAGAGUUGGUAGGGAAAGAGAAUUCUGAUUUUGACGUGUCAUAAAUCUGUCCUUUUAUUGCCACAGUGAAAACAAAAUUACGCCUAUCAGCUUGCUGUCUUGCUACAUUUUUUCUCCCUUUGUAAUUAUUUCAUGUGCAAUUCUGUUCAGAGGCCCUGUUAGACUUUUCCUAGCAAUCCCAUCCUUAUCAGUAGUUCUCUGCUGACAAGAAUGGGUGGGUAUUUCUGCAUUAACAUGGAAUCAAGAAGUUACAGUGAAAAAUUGAUGGUUUUACUUUAAGACAAAGGUACCUGAGCUGCUGCUAAGUGACUUGUUACCGCAGUUAGAAACUAAAUGGAGAGCAGAACUGGCAUUUCCAUGACUCUUUGACUUCAUGAUGUUUUUCUCUUCUUUACUUGUGUAUCUAACUUAAGGCUUUUCCUUCCUAUGCAUUUAUUAUCUUAAAGAGCUGUGACUUUGGAAUUAGCUUGCAGAGUGUUGCUUUUAGGUUCAAAAUAAACCUGAUUAUAUUUGGGGCAAAGUCGACAAGAAAUAGCUGGCUUUCAGGGAGAACUCUAGAACAUGGAUUUAGAGUGCUUCACAAUGAAAGCUUUGGGAUUUGUGUGACUUGUUUUUAAAAUAAAUACACAGACAGUAGAUGGAGAUUAUUCCUUGUUUUGUUUUACGAUUGUCUCUUUUUUAGUGCAGAUUUCCUUGAAGUCUGUGCCCUGCAUUCAUCUUUCAGUAAUAAAACCAAUAAAUGUAUUUAUGAAUCCCUAAAUCACAA